AUCAGCGCAGUCGGCGGGUAAGCAGCCCUAGUGCCGUAAUUUUUCUGAAUUUCGUUCCAAGCUCUUUUAUAUUCAUCUGUAUUGUUGCUUGAAAUCUUUUGCCAUGUCUCUUGAUGCUCGCAGCCAGGUUGGAGGCGACCCGCGUCUCCGAGGGCUUCCGCGCCCCCCAGUUUGAGCUCCCGGAGCCCCUGACAGGGAAAAUCUGGACACUGGAUGACUUCGAGGGCAGCCCUGCUUUGCUGGUUAUGUUCAUAUGCAAUCACUGUCCGUUUGUAAAACAUCUUAAAAAAGAUAUUGCAACGCUCACUUCAUUCUACAAGGAGAAAGGACUUGCUUCUAUCGCCAUAUCCUCAAAUUCAAUUGUGACAUAUCCCAAGGAUGGUCCUGAAUACAUGGCUGAGGAGGCAAAAUUGUUGAAGUACUCUUUUCCUUAUUUGUAUGAUGAGUCUCAAGAAGUUGCCAAAGCAUUUCGAGCAGUCUGCACACCAGAGUUCUACUUGUUCAAAAAGGAUGAGCAAAGGCAAUUUGAACUCUUUUAUCACGGCCAGUUUGAUGAUUCAAGACCCAGAAACAAUGUGCCAGUCACUGGAAGGGAUUUAAGCCAUGCAAUUGACUGUGUACUUAAUGGCGAAGAAUUGCCUUUCUACCAAAAACGAAGUGUCGGGUGCAGCAUCAAGUGGCAUGAGUGA